CCAGUCUAAAAUAGAAAACAGACAGACGGUUAAUCCCCGCACUAGAUGGGUGGGCAGAGUCCGGUGGUGGUACACGCCUUUAAUCCCAGCACUGGGUGGAUAGAGACAGGAUCUCGCCCCAUUUGGUCCCCCAGUCUGGAUAGAGGUGGCUGCCGCUCUGCUCUUUCAGCUUUCACCCUCGAUAUCUGACUCCCUGCUUUUAUUGUUAAAACUAAUUAGGAUUGUGGGCUUCACCAUGGCCUCCCGGCACUAACUGGCUCCUUGUGUCUGAGCUGCCAGCCAACCCCUCCAGGCCCUAGUUCCCAGUCUUGUAAAUUGAGAGGUCAGCCCUCGUUUAUUGUGGUAUUCACACAGCAUGUGCCCAGGGCAAGGAUGGGUUGGAGGACUCCUGGGACUACAAAGCUACAGAGAGACUUGGGUCAUCCAGAAUUUUAGGAUGAGUAGGCCAGCUUCUUCAUUGUAAGUCUAGGGAAUCUGAAGGGUAAAGGAGGAACUAAUCCACCCAAGGCCAUACAUCUAGUUAGAAGGCCCAGUCUACAUGGCACAGCCUUUUCCUCCUGCUCUAGGAACCCCCCCCCCUUCCCAGCAUCAUAAUUGACUGACAUCUCUCUUGAGGACUAUGUCUGUUGGUUAGCACUUGGUGUCCCUUAUACAAAAGCCCCCAACUCCCAGCACUGUUAGGCAGGAGAGUCUUGUCAUGAUUUUUGUUUCCUCCAAGUCUAGUGCCUGAAAGCAAGAGUCCAAGUCUAGUUCACCAGUUGGCGGGUUGAUGUUGAGUCGGGGGAAAGGAGGCUGUGCAGGAAAGGAAAGUAGAGGAUAUCUACCUGCUUCUGCGUUGAUAGGAGGGCUAACAAUUCACAAGUGUAAAGGAAUACCAAGCUGCUUCAUUCCAACCAGACUGGAUGUCAGUGUCCGGGAGCCUAGGGCCAUAUGGAUGUGCCAAAGAGUUUGAUUGCGCUUGGCAGGGGAAGGAUCGGAUCAUAUUUGUGACCAAAGAAGACCAUGAAACUCCUAGCAGUGCAGAGCUGGUGGCUGAUGACCCCAAUGAUCCCUAUGAGGAGCACGGAUUGAUACUGCCCAAUGGAGAUAUUAACUGGAAUUGCCCAUGUCUUGGGGGAAUGGCCAGUGGCCCCUGUGGGGAACAGUUCAAGUCUGCCUUUUCCUGCUUCCACUACAGCAAAGAAGAAAUCAAGGGAUCAGACUGUAUAGACCAGUUCCGGGCCAUGCAGGAGUGCAUGCAGAAGUACCCGGACCUCUAUCCCCAAGACGAGGAGGAGGAAGAGGAGGCAAAGCCAGCGGAGCAGGCGGAGGAAACAGCUGCUACAGCCUCUGCAGCCAAAGAACAGGAGUCAAGCUCCUGAAGGCCACAGGACUUUGUGCACAAUGCCUUUUGGUCACCUCUAUGAAAGCUCUUUCCCUCUAUGCACUGUAAUGUACAAAAUAACUUAUUUUAAUGAUCAAGGGUCUUGGCUACUUGCCAUAUACACUGAAGAAAAGCGGGGGGUGUGCACCUAUGUCUUGCAUAAACCUGUCCUUGAGCGUUAAGCUACUGCUGGAUGUACGCCGUGUUUGCCCUGGAUUUUGCCACUUUGAAAUACUGUGCUGAGGCUUCUCAGCAACCAAAAGUUGUUACUCAGGAAAGUUUAUCGUGAGAGAACUGAUUUAUUUUGACCCAUUUUAUCCCUUUUGGUAGAUUUUUACACCUCUUUGGGAAAUUAAGUAGAUGCCAGAACUCCUUCAAGAGUGUCCAUUCCUAUUGGAAGAGGUUGGUGGUCAGAUCCUUGAGCUGGAGUGCAUGGGGCUGCCGCCUUGGUCCAGGCACCCAAGUUUCUGUGUUAGCAGUCCAGACUCCAAGGUGUCUACAGUUGCAGGGUGGGAUUGGACCCUGUGACUCCCAGUCCCUCCUAAAUGAAAGGAGAGGCUUGGUUUUCGGUUUAUUGUUUUGCUGUUCUGAAAGCCCUGGUUUGGAGCCCAUGUUCACUCAAUCCAGUCAGUUGUGAUAUUGAGGUGGGGACCUAGCUGCUUCCAGAGCAGAAGCCAACAGAGGAAACGUCUGAAUGAAGUACUCAAUUAAAAAGAAACAAUUUCUGUCUGA